CCUACACUAUAGUGGUGCUAAGAAGAGCCAUUCUUCGAUCGCCUUUUUGGCCGUGGGAGAUUGGGGAAGAAGGGGUAAUUUUAAUCAGUCAGCAGUGGCAAAACAGAUGGGGAAGAUUGGGGAGCAGCUCGGAAUCGACCUUGUGAUCUCCACAGGGGACAAUUUCUACGACGAGGGAUUGAAAAGUGUCAAAGAUCCGCUCUAUAAACAAUCAUUCACUGAUAUAUACACAGCUAAGAGCCUUCAAAAGCCGUGGUAUGCAGUGUUGGGAAAUCAUGACUAUUUGGGGAGCACCGGCGCACAGCUCAGUAAAGAACUUAGGCGCGCUGACAAACGGUGGCAUUGCGAAAGAAAUUUCCUUGUGAAAGUAAAAGGACUCGUGGAUUUCAUUUUCGUUGACACUACUCCUUUCGUCGACAAAUACUUCAAGAAUCCUAAGAAACAGAAAUUCGAUUGGAGUGGUGUUCUACCAAGAGACAAGUAUAUCUCUGCUGUUAAAGAAAGUCUGGAUUCAACGCUGAGAAAAUCAAAGGCUACCUGGAAGAUUGUGAUCGCACACCAUACGAUCAGAAGCAUAGGCCAUCAUGGCGACACUCUGGAAGUCGUCGAGCAGAUUCUCCCAAUCCUUGAGAAAAAUAAGGUGCAUAUGUACAUCAAUGGACAUGACCACUGCUUGGAGCACCUAAGCAACGCAGACAGAAAACUGCAAUUCCUGACGAGCGGAGGCGGCUCGAAGGCUUGGAAGAAGGAUAUCCAUUACGGCGUGCACAAUGAUAGCCUGCGUUUCUACUACGACGGCCAGGGCUUCCUGGCGGUGAAGCUCACGAGGAAAUCGGCAAAAAUGGAGUUCUACGACGUUGCAGGGAAAGUUCUCCAUCGUAUGGAUCUCAAACCGUAAAAUCCCUAAUAUAAUGAUAGUAACAGAAAUCGAGAAACGGAACGACGUUGUGUAACCCUAGUUUGGUGAAAUUCAGCUUCUGAAAAAUCGAAACAGAAUCGAAAUUGAGUGCGGAAUAUUUGGUUGUGUGAUUCAUGAUGCUAACGCUAAUAAUAACGAACACGUUAUGUGCUUCUUCCCGAUUUGAGAAAGACAUUCGAAGAUACAGCGCAGAAUAAGGAAAUUCCGAUGUUAA